AAAUCCAGGACCUCUCAGCGCCCCCUAAGGGCGGCGGAUUUAACAGCUCAACGUCCAGCCCAGGGGAAUCUCAGGAUUUCAAUCCUUUCUUCGCCCCCGCCCCUCGGCUGGCCGGAAGAGAGGAACCGCAAGCCGCGGGACAUGCUGGGAGAUGUAGUUCAGCACCCCUUUCGAGCCAGCUCGGGGCCCGCACGUCCCGCCCCCCCCGGGCUGACGGACUUCAUUUCCCAUCGUGCCGGGGCGGGUGGCAUGGCGGAGAAGGAUGACACCGGAGUUUGACGAAGAAGUGGUGUUUGAGAAUUCUCCACUUUACCAGUACUUACAAGAUUUGGGACAGACUGACUUUGAAAUAUGUUCUUCCGUAUCACCAAAAGCAGAACAAUGUACCUCCGAGGAGGGACAGCAAGAGAAUUCUACCAAGAUGCCAUCAAAUGGUAUUCUGUUAAACUUGGCUGAAAGUUUUACCAGGUGGACAUCACUGUUUCAAUGCUGUAAGAAUGAUGACUUGCUCCGCAAAUUGGAUGUGGGAUUCCGACUUGACUCCCUCCAUACCAUCCUGCAACAGGAAGUGCUGCUACAAGAGGAUGUGGAACUGAUCGAGCUUCUUGACCCCAGUAUCCUGUCUACAGGACAGCCUCGGCAACAGGAAGAUGGACACCUUCCAACUCUACGGUCCUUAGCAACUCCUAAUAUUUGGGAUGUCUCAAUGCUGCUAGGCUACGUUAGUUUCUUCAUUAUGAUUCCUGCUUGGUGGAAUAUUUCUUCCUGGCCACUGUGGGGACUCAUUCUCAUUGUUUACUUGGUUAUAAGAGCUUCAGGCUGGUGGAGGACAGCCAGAUUACAGAUGACUUUAAGAAAAUACAAUGUUCAGCUAGAAGAUACAGUAGCAAAUAGCCGUGCUUUUACCAACCUUGUGAGAAAGUCUUUACGCCUUAUUCAAGAGACUGAAGUCAUUUCCAGAGGAUUUACCCUUUUGCUUGACAGGGUCAGUGCUGCUUGCCCAUUCAACAAAGCUGGACAGCCUCCUAGUCAGCAUCUCAUCGGCCUUCGGAAAGCUGUCUACCGAACUGUUAGAGCCAACUUCCGAGCAGCAAGGCUAGCUACCCUCUAUAUGCUGAAAAACUACCCUCUGAAUUCGGAGAGUGACAACGUGACCAACUACAUCUGUGUGGUACCUUUUAAGGAGCUGGGCCUGGGCCUAAGUGAAGAACAGGUGUCAGAGGAAGAAGCACAUAAUCUGACAGAUGGCUUCAGCUUGCCUGCAUUGAAGGUUUUGUUCCAACUCUGGGUAGGACAGAGUUCAGAAUUCUUCCGGAGGCUGGCACUGCUCCUCUCGACUGUGAAUGCACCUCGAGGGCCCUUCCUCACACCUGCCCUUUCCUCUCAUCGUGUCCUGUAUGAUGUGACUCAAGGUCUACCUCACGCACAUGCUGCCUGUUUGGAAGAACUGAAGCGCAGCUAUGAGUUUUAUAGAUACUUUGAAACUCAGCAUCGGUCUGAAGCACAGCGCUUGUCCAAAACAAAGCAGAAGUCGAGAGAACUGAAUAGCCUUCACACAGCAGUGCGCAGCCUUCAGCUCCAUCUGAAAGCAUUGCUGAAUGAGGUUAUAAUUCUUGAGGACGAACUUGAAAAGCUUGUUGGCACUAAGGAAGCAAAUGCUCUAGCAUCAGAGGCUUAUCAAAUCCUGGAGCAGAAGUUAAAGUUGCUCCAGCCUCGAGUACAAGCAAGCAACAGUUGCUGGGAAGAGGCCCUUUCUCAAGUAGAUAAACUGGUACGAAGAAAUUCAGAUAAAAAAGGCAAACCUGAAGUAUCAUGUGAAACUCCACACUGUGCCACAGUACCUUUGUCACAACCUACACUACAUAUUGAAGACAAGGACCCAAUACCUGAAGAGCAGGAAUUGGAAGCUUAUGUGGAUGAUACAGACCUGGACAGUGAUUUCAGAAGAGAUGAUUUUUAUUAUUUGUCUCAAGAAGACAGAGAGAGGCAGAAGCGGGAGCGGGAAGAAUCUAAAAGAGUAUUACAGGAAUUAAAAUCAGUGUUAGGAUUUAAAGCCUCGGAAUCAGAGAGGCAAAAAUGGAAGCAGCUUCUAUUUAGUGAUCAUGCUGUGAUGAAACCCUUGUCUCCUGUAGAGCCAAUGGACCCCAUUAAUAAUUCAGAAUCAUCUGUGAAUUCAAAUAAAGAAAAGGAGGGUCAUAAAAAUGAAAUUGACCCUGAAGAGGGAAAUAGUGAACUAAAUCCUACCCCAAAUGACAAUGAAAUAAGUAGGACUGAGUAUGUAUGUGACAUUUCUUCAGACUGUCAAAAUAAAGACAAUGCUGUGAAAGAAGGCUUCUUGGCAGAGGCUGAAGAACGAACAUGUUACCAGUGUGAGAGUGAAAAUGAGUCUGAGCACACUCCCAAAGGAGGUGGGGAGACUCCUCAGUCGGCCCUCAGUGGCUCUUUACAGGCCUCCAUCCGGGAGAGGCUGGCACGUCUCCACCCAGCCCCAGAUUUCAGCAUCACUUCUGGUCUUGCUGCACAAGUGGCUGCAAGAUCUCUUACGUUUACCAACAUGGAGGAACAGACUUUUGAAGACAGUGAGAUAGAAGAGGAAGAUGAAGAACAGCAGACAAGACAAGAAAAUGAAAACAAGGCUGAAGAAAGCAAGAACAAAGAAACAAAUGUAGAAAAUAAAGGAAUAUAAUUCUCAGUACUUAAGAAACAUCAUAUUAGGCUUCUUAGCUGGAUAAAGAAGUUUCAGAGUGUUCCAUUAAAAGGGAUGAUGCAUUCAUACCCCAUAAGGGGUUACUUAAUAAGGCUUCACAGAGAAAAUCAUAGUUGGAAAAACUGAUCUAAAUUACUCUUAAAUGGCGCACUGAGAGAGUGUUUCCAUUUUCUUGCAUAUAUGGGAACAUGCAAAAUCUCCCUAGAAGAAACUGCUAUUUUAUUAUGACAUUGACUGAUACUAUGGCGAUGAUUUCAAGAUUUUGUCAGUUUAUCACUUAUAAUAUGAAAUGUGUAUUUCCUAUUUCUGGCCUGAAUUUGCUCUUGAAAAAGGUAAUUGGAAUCACACUGAAAGAACACAACUAUUUGGUGUGAUGCCUUCUUUACCACUUUUACCUUUGCACUUAGUAACUGUAGUAUGUGUGUGUUCAUGGCAAGUCAUCUGUAUUUUCUUUAAUUCAUUACAAUCCUGAAACAAGAGUUAGAUUUAAAUAAAAAUAUUCAACUAUCCAUAUAAUUUAUGUGUCCUAGGGUUUGGGAUUGGAAAGUAGUUUUAAGAAAACCACCUUUGUGGUUUCCCAGGUUUAUUAUAUAUGUGUAUAUUGAUUAACAAAAUUUCAAGGUGAGUUAAUGAAUCAUUUGUGGGGUUUUUUAAUGUAACAUUUAUUUGAAAAGUUUCCUCUUGAUAUGGCAUUUCUUUAAUUUGCUUUCUAUUGGCUAUCAAAAGAACACCACAAUCCAGUUUGAUUCUUCCCUAGAUUUAGAGAGGUAAUGGUAUAAUGUGGAUUAUCUUUAAAGUUUCAUAAAAUCACAAAUUCAGAUUCUGAUAUCUUAACAGUUUAAGUGAAGAAAUUGUAGAAAGAUGAUUGUUUCCAAAAGUUGGCAUACUGUUCCACAUGGAUAGUUGGCAUCCUUUAUACUUUUAGGAAGAGUAAAUGUUUGCUUUGGCUAAAAUUCUGGGAUCCAUCAGGAAAUUAAUGUGAGUGUGUAUCUGGGAGUCUACUGUAUUUUCUUAAAUAUAUUUAGUGAAAUUUAAGAGAAAAAUGCCCUUUUCUAUGUAUUGUAUCAUCAUAUGUUCUUAUAUAAAUUACUUACUCUUCUUAGAUAUCAAUGUUAUUCAUUCUCUUAUUAGCAGCAUUUGUAUCUUGUGGUACAAGGAUUAAAAAAGGGUAACUUUAGGAAAAGCAUCCUUAAUAGUUUUGUCCCUGUUUCCUCCGAUGUUUGUCUAGAUGUGGUUUUAUUUUCAGUAUGAAAUAUUCUCAGAAGAUUUAAUCAAGAAUUUCAAACUUUACUACUUGGCCCUUUUUAUUCACCCUUAAAUAUUUUCAUGUUAAAAUGUUACAACCAUGAUCUUGCAUCUUGGAUCUUGGAAGGUUAUUUGAUAUUCUUAAUUUUUUUUAUUCUUCUGCACAGUUUCCAAGAUUCAUCUUUCAUCUUGAAAUAAUUUCAACUACAUGUGAAUGUCAUCUUCACUAAUAGUUCUUGAUUAUACUUCUCCUAAGAAUUAAUAUUAAUAUUGUUUGACUUUACCAUAUAUCCCCUACAUAGAUCACAUAAAUGAGAAUAACAAAAGCAUUUUGUCAAGUUACCUGUGUUCAUUUGCAUUAUGUUAUUUGGUUCCCAGAUAGACCAUUAGCCACUAUAGGUGCUAAAUUAUUGGGCAUGGAUAAUAGACCCUCAUUGCUUAUCUAGUAAUUGUUGGCCUAAGUUGAGAGGGAGAGAUAGAACAGAAAAAAUAUAUAUAUUUCUACACAUCCUGGCUUAAUAAGAUGUUUCCUUUGCUAUAGAAGCUAUCCCAACAAUUUUUAUAGACAUGGCAUUCCUUCAGUGUCCCUGAAACUAAAAAGAAAUCUUGGCCACAGAAUGUAUCUGUACCAAACAAUAAAUGAAAUAGGCAAAUGUUUAGGUUGUUGUACAGUUACUCCAUUAGAAACAAUAGCAUCUUUGUCUCAAUAUAAAUGAUUCUUUUAAUAAAUUGGAUUUUUCUCUAAAAGUAUAUGUCCUACUUAUUUACAAACCUUUUUAUUUCUCUUUAACUGCUAUGCCCAUCAGAAACAGUGAUAGUUUUUCUCCUAGUCUUAAACAAUAUAAGUCCCUUAAAACCAAAGGAUCAUAGAUUUACAAUGGAAAGGAUUCUUCAAGCCCAUCUAAAUCAACCCCUUCUGUGUGGUGUUAAGAAAACUGGUGCCCACAGCAGUCAUAUAAAUUGUCUAAGACCGCACAGAGAUUAAGGGGCAGAGCCAGAUUUGGAGCUGAAUACCCUGCUCUCCCAAGCCACCAUUCCUUCACACAGUCCAUGUUUGUACAGUCAGAAAACACAGAUAGAAUUUUCCCCAUUUCCUUAAUUCAUGCAAUUCUGGUUAGGGAAAUUAUUUAGAUAAUUUGUUCUGAAAAAUUUUCAAAACAUUCUUGCCCACCAAGUUUUCAACAACUUUUCCACAAUUGAAAAGUCAUUUUAAAGAAUGAACCUGGAAUCAUUGAGCAUGCUGUGAUUGUUCUUUUAGUUUUUGUUAAAAUUCCUACAUGCCCACAACUAGAUUUUUUAAGAAUUUAAGUUUGUGACUGUAUAUUGUUUGUCUAGUCACUUUAUUUCUUAAGUAGGAAUUAUAGAAUUAAAGUAAUUAAAUCUAAGUUACUUUUUUUUUUUUUACUGUUUCUAUAAGAACUAAACUCUCCAGUUAUAAGAAACACAAAAAAUUACUAAUGACUCUUUCAGACACUUAAAAAUUACCAAUUUGAGAUUUUAAUAUCACAAAAAAAAUUUUCUUUAUCUCUACUAUUUUCCAAUAUUGGGAUAAAUUCUUCAUGGUUUAGCUCCUUUUCUCAAACUUGAGUUAUAAUAAUAUAUGGCAUCUAAUUUUGGAAAUAGAAUUUUUGAAACUAUGACUGGUCAUCUAGUGUACAUAUAUUACUGAAAUAGACUAAAAGACCCAAUUCUCAGAAAUGCACACGUGUAUAUACAUAUAUAUGUGUGUGUGUGUAUAUAUAUAUAUAUAUACACACACACACAGAUGUUGUGUAGAGAGAAGCCCCCAAAAUAAAUCAUAAUGAUUUCUUUGUAUUUAAAACAAUUUGAGGUAAAUUUAUCUGUUAUCUUCUAAUGGGAAAAGGAGAGAAUUACAUGAACUAGUCCCAAAAAUAGAGCUUCUGAAUCCAAUUCCAGGCUAUCUUUGUUGAAAUAAUUAUACUCAAAAAUUUUCAAGUCAUUGUUACUGCAACUAGAAAAACAAAUAAGAUGGAUUCAUUUGACAUUCAGUCACAUUUUUUUGGAUUAGCUACCACCAAGAAACAGGGUCAUAGAAAAUCAGAUUUUUCAAUUUAUUCUUUUUCUAAAUAUACAUAUAUAUUCAAUGCCAAAUAGGAUUUGCUUAAGUCAGUAAUGGCCCACAAAAUAAUUUCAUCAUUAAAAUAAAGCCACACCUCACAAGUUUUGUUGAAAUUAUAUAUCUUCUCCUUAAGUGCAGUAAUUUCUCAUUUAUCCUUAAUCACUGAAAAAGGAAAUCAUCCAUAUUUAAGGAAAUUUUUCCAAUAAUUGAUAGUUAACUUUUUAAGCAUGAAAUCUGUUGAUGGUUGAUUGAGCUAUUUUUGAUAAUUCUCGUUAAAAUAUAUUACACGUGUUUCCAUCUUCUCAAACAGAGCAUAUAGACCAUAGUUAAACCUUUAUAUUAUCUGUCACAUGGGGACAUUAAUUACUUUAGUGUGCUAUAAUAUGCAGUUAAAGGCUAACGAGAUCGGCCCAGUGGUUGUUCCAACACAAAAGGACCAGAAUCCUGUCUGAUGCUAAGCUGCUGCUUGGGGCUGUUGAUGUCUCCUAACCUGCUGGUUAUCAGAAACCAGAUAACUGACUUUAUUGGAAUCAUGCAUUAAAUAAAACUAAAAUGCUAUAUAUGAGUCUUACUGAAGAAUAUGAGCUUAAAUACAUAGAUUUUUGGCUCAUCUGAUAAUCUGACUGUUCUAGCUCAUUUCUGCUUCCUUUCUUGUUUUCUCCUGGGAUCUAGACAGUGAAAUUUCUGCAUAAGAAGAAUAGAUAGGCACUAACUUUAGGAUUUCAUUGUCAUAGGGAGCUCCCUAGUGAGGAAAUUCUCUCCCCCAAUGCAGGGUGGCACCUUCUCCUAAUCUUAAGAGAUCUUCCUAGAACAUAGGGACAGUAUGUGCCAGAGGCUUGAAGGCUAUUUCACUAUUGAAGUGACUUGUAAAGGAUGGAUUUCUCUAAGCUUUCAAGUUCAAUAUAAAAAUAAGGUUUUAGAAUUCUGAACUUGAAAAAUUAAAUUCCUAACAGCUUUCCAGCAUUUCCUUAUAUAAUACGUUUGUAAAUCUGUGUAUUUAUAAACACAUCCCAAUAUACUGUUGUCAGAUGUUUUGUUAUUAAUGAGGCAGAUCCACAAACUUCUUUAAUUGUCUAAGUCAUCCUAAGUGUCCACAGACAAAUCAUCCAUUUGGAAAAAUGCAAGCAUUAUCUAGUGAAUUGUGUCUAAUGGGAAUCCUAAAGUAAUGAGUCAUUCUAGGCAGCCAGAUAUUCUAUAGGAGGUUUUGCCUUAGUUUUUUAUGCCUCCACAUUUUUUAAAACCAUUUUAAAUGGAAAAUUUUUUGUAAGAUAUAUUACAUAUUUCCCUGCCUUCUUAAAACAUAGCCGACUAUCAAUACCUGAUAUUUGUAUAGUGCUUUAAAGUUUUCGGAGCACUUUGCAUAUGUUAAGUCAUUCAGGCUUCCCAACUCACUAAAGUAAGUGCUUUUGCUCAUUGUAAUCCCCAUUUUUGAGACUAGUAAGCUGAGGUCAAGAGAGGGUGAGUGAUUUUUCCAUCCAGGGUCACAGCUAAUUAGAAGCAGUAUUUGAACACAGGUUCCUAACCUAACUACAACCCCCUAUUUUUCCACAUUACUCCUCUGAUUCUAUAUCUCAGUUGUUGGACUGUUUGCCUUGAGGCCCAUUAAAGUGAAUAGGACUGUUUGCUGCCCCUACAUUAAAUGACCACUCUUUACUGGGUUUUGUUUAAAUUUUAUGUCUGUUGAUGCCAGAAUGUUGAUUUCUUCUGUUGUGAAUGUCAGUAUUCCAAUUUGUAAUUUUCCCCUUCUCUCUUCAGUUUUAAUACUGCUUCUGUGAAGUUGGGGAUAAAAUAAAAAUAAAUAGAUCAUGCGGCCUAAGGCCCCCUUCUUGGAGUAAAGUUCACAAAUGAAUUUUUGUGACAUUU